CUCGUCCCCGCGCCACUGGGAGCGCGCAGGACCCGUCCCUUCAGCAGCGCAUCCAUCCAUCCUGCCGCGGAGCCGGGUGAUCGUGGAGCCGCACCGAGCGCACACACCGAGAGAGAGGGAGAAAGAGGGAGAGAAAGAGAGCGAGAGACAGAAGAUGGACGGAGUGGGAUCGUUCGGAGCGGGCCGAACCGGGACCGCUGUGGACCCGAUCACGUUCGCCAAGCAGCCGCAGACCAUCCUGAGAGUGCUCUCCUGGAUAUUCUCCCUGGUGGUCUUCGCUUCCAUCGUGAACGAGGGUUAUGUCAACCUGGGCAGUGAGCGCCUUCACUGCGUCUUCAACAGGAACGGUGACGCCUGCAACUACGGCGUGUUUGUGGGCCUGGUGGGCCUGCUGGCAUGCUCCUUUUUCUUCCUUCUCGACUACAAGUUCUCCUCCAUCAGCUCGGUCAAAGACAGGAAGAAGGCUGUGAUGCUGGAGAUUGGCUUCUCAGGUGUUUGGACCUUUCUGUACUUUGUAAGUUUCUGCUUCCUAGCCAAUCAGUGGUCUCGGACCAAAGUCGAUGAUCUGCCUCUCAACCAGGGAGCAGAUGCAGCACGGGCAGCAAUCGCCUUCUCCUUCUUCUCCAUAAUCACAUGGGCUGGCCUAACAGUGCGUGCAGUCCAGAAGUAUCUUCUGGGUACAGACAUGACCCUGUUCACCACUGAGCACAUGGACGGCGCCGCGCCCACCCAGCCGUACCCGUCCAGUUCGCCAGGCGGCGUCCCGGCCGAGACCACAGAAGCCUACCAGAGCCCGCCCUUCACCGAGAACAACACGGCCCCCACAUACCAGGUUCCCAUUUACUAGGACAGACGGACGUGACGGUGGAAGAAUUGCAGAUGAGAGGAAAUAGCUUUCUGUGAUUUCUGUUUCAAGUGAAGCUGUUUAUGAGUUGAUCCGGGGCGCAGUUUUCAGUCGCUGUUAGAAAAAGCAAAAGAAAAAAAAAAAAGAAAAGAAAAUAGUCAGGCGUCUGCUUCUUUGUUUCCUCCUCUCGUUUCCUGCCCCCUCCUGAACAUUCCAGCUUUAUCUGCCUUUUUUCUAGACCUGCAGAAAGGACUUUCCUCCUGCAUCAACGCAGAUAAAUCGAAAUCAAAACCAGAGGAGGGAAAACAGAAGCGGGUCGCGAGUAAAGUGUUUCCAACACCAUUUUGUCAAAGAAAGAGAUGAAGUGCUGAACAAGUUCCCCCACAACAAAGCCGUUUUAAAGGCGCUCUCUUGCAGCACCUUGAUCUUGUUGCUUUCAUUCGUUCAGGUGUCCCCUUUUCUUGCAAAAAAAAGGGAAUGCUCUUGUUUUCUUUCUUUUUCUAUAUUUUUUUAAAAAAUGCACUGAUAACUCCUCCUGAGCUCCCAGCUGGUGAUCAUCUGCACUGGAUCUGUACGUUUCCAGAUGUAGAGAUCAACUAAGUGCCAUAUUGUUCGGAAAGUGACUUAGUUUAGUUGGUUUUCCUCAUGGUGUACACGACGGCAAUGUUUUGAGGCCGAGUGCAAUAUCUCGCAUUCUUAUGUACUGUAGGGUAGGCACACACUGUACUGUACUGGAGGUAGAGAGGUCAUAGUCAAGGCAGGUCAACUUUAGGUUCUGCCUCAAAUAACAUACUUCUGAAAUUCCUGUAAAAUCCUUACCCUGGAAAGUUUCUAAUACAAACAUGCAUAACAAAUGAGCAGCUGUCAAAAUUGAAAUGAUCAUUCCCAGAAUUAGGGUCUUUCUAGGAAUCCUCAGAGAUGAAAAUAGCAUCGCAACGGAGAAUAUUUCUUCUCUGCUUUAUCCCCGUAGAUGAAUUAUGAGACUUUAUUUCAUUCAUGUAGGUAGUUAAGUUUGAUUACAACGAUAGCUCAAUUCAUAAACGCAGUGUUUUACUUUUCUGCAGAGCCGAGCAAAAUCUGAAUUAGGCCAUGGUCAGAAUUUUCUUUAGGGGAACCCUCAAGUUUUUUUUGUUUGUUUGUUUUGCAUUUUUGCAUUCACCUCUUAUUAUACAGAUAAUUAAUGAACCAAUUAUAAAUUAAUUUUAUUUUGUGAUGUAUUGUGCUUUGGAUGACCACAUUUCUGGUUAAGUGCUCAUUUUAAUCAUUUUCAUCAAUUUAAUAUUCAUUGAUUUUGUUCUUAUUUUUACAUACAGUGAAGAAACGAUAAAACUAUAAACAUCUGACAUUUCUAGUUGGUACACACAGCUGUCCAAAUGCUUAAUUUUUCACAUUAUCAAAAAAGAUAAUGACAUAAUCCUCUAAAUAUUCAAGUGAAAGACCUACACAUAUGCUAUAUGUUGAAGGAAAAACCAAAAGCUGCAACAACAUGGAUGAACAAAAAGAAGACCCAAGAAGAGACACUUUGUUGAAGCAACUUUUGUGUCAGUUUCUGCCUUCGGAGUAUGUGAGCAAAAAGUCUCAUAAUCCAUCCGCAGUGGCUGAGAAUGCAAACGAGGUGUGUAAUCUGAGACAGCAUCCUAUUGUACGAGUGUAAGAUGAGGUGUGUAGGAGAAAUUGGGUCCUUUUAUGUUUCCAUUUAUUUUUUUAAAGCUGCCAAACUGUCCUGUGUUGCUAUUGCUCUGUUAGUGUUCAUAGCAUUUUCUUUAGAAUACAGGUGAGCUUUUAUUAAUGUCGGGUCAAGUCUCAGACAAAAGAAAGAAGAAUGAAUCUAAAGUUGAUGUCUGAUCCGUCAAUCCUCCAACCCCGCGUUUAGAUCUGAGUGGGUUAAUUGUGACAUGGAUUGAUGUCGGGAGGAUGUGGGUCACCGUUUGCUCCGAUGUAUAUAGUACCACCACUUCUGUGCUGUGGUUCACACACACACACACACACGCACACACACACACUUGCCAUUUGUCGAUCUGUCAUUGUCAUUGUCAUUGUAAUCAGGGGUUCACAUGAGAGCAACUGAGCGCGUGCACACAGAGAUUAGCAUGCAGGAUUAGAAUAACUGAUGUGUGAGUUUUUGCCACAUAGACCUUUUUUUUUUCCUCCGCAUGUUUUUGUGACAGUUUUAGUUUUGCUCUAACUUGGAUUGUUUAUAAUUCAUCCUAAAUUGUACUGAAGUUAUCCGAAGUCCAAAGCAUGAAGUCGAGAGGUUUGUUUGUUUUCAAUAAGCAGCACCAAAUGUGAAGGCUCUUCUCAGAAGUCUCAUCUAAUCGGUUAUUUCAACUAUUUAUUAUUAUAAUUUUUUUAACAGUGGGCUUACAAUACAAGAUGUAACUUUAAGCUCAACUAUAUUCUGACACUAAUAUUUUCUCAAAAGUCAGCUUGGCAAGUUGGACUUAAUAACACUUAAACUUUUUGUAUAGAGUUCAUUAAAUAUAGAAAAUUAAGUCAUUUUUAAGUUGGCUCCGAGGCGUUUUGCAGCGCUUUGCCAGCAGGCAGUAGAGUUAAAAAAUAUGCCCCAACUCCCCAAAAAGCAAAACUCUUGGCUCUUCGCUCAGUGUUUUUCCCAUCACUGUGAUCCUGGUGAUCACUCAUGUAAUUUACACAGAUAGCUGAAUGAGUGUUAAAUUGUGUAAAACAGUUUCAGGUUGCUGAUACUUCUGCAUCAGGGAACAUCAGCAGGUAGCUAGAAAUGAAAGCCGAGUGAAAAAAAACUCAAACAAAUUUAAAUGUCCAUUUUGGAUUUAAAAAAACCCCCCAAAAAAACAGCUUGUUCUUCAGUUUAAUAUUUUAUGUUUUCAUAAAAGUAAUAAAUCACUUUUCAUUUAUUUUUAAUUUCUAAAUUCCGAUGAGGAAAAACUAUUUAUCAAACAAUGCACAGAAUCAAAACAAACGUCUGAUCAUGUGAACAGCUCAUUUAUGUUGCACAUCUGAACCCGACUACUCCCCCUAGUGGUUGUCUGACUUGACUCUCACCGUGUUUACAGCGACCGGCCGCCUGGUGCGUUUGGCCCAAUUCAAUGAAUUUAAACUUUAAAAAGUGAGGUGAAUGCAUUUACACACAUUUAUCUUUCUGAUCACUCCCAAGAGAAAUUCACCUGUUACUUGUGGUGGGAAAUGAUCAUAAUGAUAUUACUUAAGAGGGAGAAAAAAAAAAAAGCAUAAUUGUUUUUGCUUUAAGUCCUUUUUGGGUUAAUGUAAUGAAUUUGGGUUGCUGUCAGGUCAGGAUUAUUUUAUCGUUCUCAGUGCUUCAGUCUCUUAUUCAGUCAGUGUGGUAGAUGAUGAUGAUUAUUAAUAAUUCUAAUAAUAAUAAUUGAUACAAGCAUUCUCUGUGUUUUGUGCUCUGCCCUAUGUACACUAUUGUGGUAUUGGUUGAUUGUGAAAAAAAAAAAAAAAUCGAAAUAAAGUCUAAAAAAAAAAAAAACCUCAGUAUGUUCAUGAAGUAAAUGGAACUCUUGUGUGUUGCUGUCCGGGGUCCGGUUUGUCCUGUGCUCCUGAAAAUAAGAAAAUAUUAUCAAUAAGAGUUAUUUAUUACCUAGACUGCACUCCUUUUUGCAAAUACUUUGUGGAGAACUCGUUAAACAGGGCCGACGUUGAUGUUUUACGCCAUCGUUCUGUUGUUUUGUGAAGCUGAAGUGAUGAAAAGGCUGUUAGAUGUAGUUCAGCUGGCGCCAUCUGUGGUACCAGAACAAUACAUUGCAUGGAUUUUACAAUACACCCGUCCCUACAGCCCCUCCCCUUUAAAAUAAAUCUAUAAAUAAUACAAGGAUUCUCACUGACUGACGAAGCGGUGAUGGUUUUUGUAGCGGGCCAGCCCUUUAACAUGUUUCUAAGUUGUUUUCUCCUGUUCUGAAGCUGUAUGGUCUCUUCAGUGUAAACUCGCUGUGUACAGAGAUGUGUGUCACUGUCUGUUACCUGGACUGCAGUCUGACCAUCACGCCAAUAAAAGACAAAAAUCGCU